AUGGGUCCUCGCACUGACGACAAGGUUGCUCACUCUGUGGACAUGGUUCCUCACUCGGACGACAAGGUUCCUCACUCUGAGAACAAGGUUCCUCACACUGAGGACAAGGUUCCUCACUCUGAGGACAAGGUUCCUCACUCUGAGGAUAAGUUUCCUCUCUCUGAGGACAAGGUUCUUCACACUGAAGAGAAGGCUCCUCACACUGAGGACAAUGUUCCUCACUCUGAGAACAAGCUUUCCCACUCUGAGGACAAGGUUCCUAUCUCUGAGAAGAAGGUGUUUCACACUGAGGACAAUGGUCCUCACUCUGAGAACAAGGUUCUUCAGUCUGAGGACCAGGUUUUUCACACCGAGGACAAGGUUCCUCACACUGAGGACAAGGUUCCUCACUCUGAGACAAAGGUUCCUCACACUGAGGACAAGGUUCCUCACGCUGAAAACAAAGUUCCGCACUCUGACGACAAGGCUCCUCACUCUGAGGACAAGGUUCCUCACUCUGACGACAAGAUUCCUCACUCUGAAGACAAGGUUCCUCACUCUGAGGAGAAGGUUCCUCACUAUGGGGACAAGAUCCCUCACACUGGGAAGAACGUUCCUCACUUUGAGGACAACGUUCCUCACACAGAGGAGAAGGUUCCUAACUCUGAGGACAAGGUUUCGCACGCUGAAGACAAGGGUCCUCACACUGAGGACAAGGUUCCUCACUCUUGGGACAAGGUCCCUCACACUGAGGACAAGGUUCCUCACUCUUAGGACAAGGUUCCUAACUCUGAGGACAAGGUUCCUCACCAUGAGGACAAGGUUCCUCACUCUCAGGACAAGAUUCCUCACUCUGAAGACAAGGUUCCUCACUCUGAGGACAAGGUUCCUCACUAUGGGGACAAGAUUCCUCACACUGAGGAGAACGUUCCUCACUUUGAGAACAACGUUCCUCACACAGAGGAGAAGGUUACUAACUCUGAGGACAAGGUUUCUCACUCUGAAGACAAGGGUCCUCACACUGAGGACAAGGUUCCUCACUCUUGGGACAAGGUUCCCCACACUGAGGACAAGGUUCCUCACUCUUAGGACAAGGUUCCUAACUCUGAGGACAAGGUUCCUCACCAUGAGGACAAGGUUCCUAACUCUGAGGACAAGGUUCCUCACACUGAGGACAAGGUUCCUCACCCGGUGGACAAGGUUCCUCUCUGUGAGGAUAAGCUUUCUCACCCUGAGGACAAGGUUCCUCACUCUGAAGGCAAGUUCCUCACUCUAAACACAAGGUUCCUCACUCUGAGGACAAGGUUCCUGACUAUGGGGACAAGGUACCUCACUCUGAGGACAAGGUUCUUCACACGGAGGACAAGUUUCCUCACACUGAGGACAAGGUUCCUCACGCUGAAAACAAAGUUCCGCACUCUGACGACAAGGCUCCUCACUCUGAGGACAAGGUUCCUCACUCAGAGGACAACGUUCCUCACACUGAGGACAAGGUUCCUCACUCUGAGGACAAGGUUCCUCACUCAGACGACAAGAUUCCUCACUUUGAAGACAAGGUUCCUCACUCUGAGGAGAAGGUUCCUCACUAUGGGGACAAGAUUCCUCACACUGGGAAGAACGUUCCUCACUUUGAGGACAACGUUCCUCACACAGAGGAGAAGGUUCCUAACUCUGAGGACAAGGUUUCUCACCCUGAAGACAAGGGUCCUCACACUGAGGACAAGGUUCCUCACUCUUGGGACAAGGUUCCUCACACUGAGGACAAGGUUCCUCACUCUGAGGACAAGGUUCCUAACUCUGAGGACAAGGUUCCUCACCAUGAGGACAAGGUUCCUCACUCUGGGGACAAGAUUCCUCACUCUGAAGACAAGGUUCCUCACUCUGAGAACAAGGUUCCUCACUAUGGGGACAAGAUUCCUCACAAUGAGGAGAACGUUCCUCACUUUGAGAACAACGUUCCUCACACACAGGAGAAGGUUCCUAACUCUGAGGACAAGGUUUCUCACUCUGAAGACAAGGGUCCUCACACUGAGGACAAGGUUCCUCACUCUUUGGACAAGGUUCCCCACACUGAGGACAAGGUUCCUCACUCUUAGGACAAGGUUCCUAACUCUGAGGACAAGGUUCCUCACCAUGAGGACGAGGUUCCUAACUCUGAGGACAAGGCUCCUCACACUGAGGACAAGGUUCCUCACCCGGUGGACAAGGUUACUCUCUGUGAGGAUAAGCUUUCUCACUCUGAGGACAAGGGUCCUCACUCUGAAGGCAAGUUCCUCACUCUGAACACAAGGUUCCUCACUCUGAGGACAAGGUUCCUCACUAUGGGGACAAGGUACCUCACCCUGAGGACAAGGUUCUUCACACUGAGGACAAGUUUCCUCACACUGAGGACAAGGUUCCUCACUCUGAGGACAAGGAUGCUCACUCUGAAGACAGGUUCCUCACAUCGAGGACAAUGUUUUUAAUCUGAGGACAAGGAUCCUCACUCUGAGGACAAGAUUCCUCACAGUGAGGACAAGGUUCGUCACUCUGAAGGCAAGUUCCUCACUCUGAACACAAGUUUCCUCACUCUGCGGACAAGGUUCCUCACUAUGGGGACAAGGUACCUCAAUCUGAGGACAUGGUUCUUCACACUGAGAACAAGUUUCCUCACACUGAGGACAAGGUUCCUCACUCUGAGGACAAGGAUGCUCACUCUGAAGACAUGUUUUUCACAUCGAGGACAAUGUUUUUAAUCUGAGGACAAGGAUCCUUACUCUGAGGACAAGAUUCCUCACACUGAGGACAAGGUUCCUCACUCUGAGGACAAUUUUCCUCACUAUGGGGACAAGAUUCCUCACACUGAGGAGAACGUUCCUCACUUUGAGAACAACGUUCCUCACACAGAGGAGAAGGUUCCUAACUCUGAGGACAAGGUUUCUCACUCUGAAGACAAGGGUCCUCACACUGAGGACAAGGUUCCUCACUCUUGGGACAAGGUUCCCCACACUGAGGACAAGGUUCCUCACUCUUAGGACAAGGUUCCUAACUCUGAGGACAAGGUUCCUCACCAUGAGGACAAGGUUCCUAACUCUGAGGACAAGGCUCCUCACACUGAGGACAAGGUUCCUCACCCGGUGGACAAGGUUACUCUCUGUGAGGAUAAGCUUUCUCACUCUGAGGACAAGGUUCCUCACUCUGAAGGCAAGUUCCUCACUCUGAACACAAGGUUCCUCACUCUGAGGACAAGGCACCUCACUAUGGGGACAAGGUACCUCACUCUGAGGACAAGGUUCUUCACACUGAGGACAAGUUUCCUCACACUGAGGACAAGGUUCCUCACUCUGAGGACAAGGAUGCUCACUCUGAAAACAGGUUCCUCACAUCGAGGACAAUGUUUUUAAUCUGAGGACAAGGAUCCUCACAGUGAGGACAAGAUUCCUCACAGUGAGGACAAGGUUCGUCACUCUGAAGGCAAGUUCCUCACUCUGAACACAAGGUUCCUCACACUGAGGACAAGGUUCCUUACUCUGACGACAAGAUUCCUCACUCUGAAGACAAGGUUCCUCACUCUGAGGAGAAGGUUCCUCACUAUGGGGACAAGAUUCCUCACACUGGGAAGAACGUUCCUCACUUUGAGGACAACGUUCCUCACACAGAGGAGAAGGUUCCUAACUCUGAGGACAAGGUUUCUCACCCUGAAGACAAGGGUCCUCACACUGAGGACAAGGUUCCUCACUCUUGGGACAAGGUUCCUCAAACUGAGGACAAGGUUCCUCACUCUAAGGACAAGGUUCCUAACUCUGAGGACAAGGUUCCUCACCAUGAGGACAAGGUUCCUCACUCUGAGGACAAGAUUCCUCACUCUGAAGACAAGGUUCCUCACUCUGAGGACAAGGUUCCUCACUAUGGGGACAAGAUUCCUCACACUGAGGAGAACGUUCCUCACUUUGAGAACAACGUUCCUCACACAGAGGAGAAGGUUCCUAACUCUGAGGACAAGGUUUCUCACUCUGAAGACAAGGGUCCUCACACUGAGGACAAGGUUCCUCACUCUUGGGACAAGGUUCCCCACACUGAGGACAAGGUUCCUCACUCUUAGGACAAGGUUCCUAACUCUGAGGACAAGGUUCCUCACCAUGAGGACAAGGUUCCUAACUCUGAGGACAAGGCUCCUCACACUGAGGACAAGGUUCCUCACCCGGUGGACAAGGUUACUCUCUGUGAGGAUAAGCUUUCUCACUCUGAGGACAAGGUUCCUCACUCUGAAGGCAAGUUCCUCACUCUGAACACAAGAUUCCUCACUCUGAGGACAAGGUUCCUCAGUAUGGGGACAAGGUACCUCACUCUGAGGACAAGGUUCUUCACACUGAGGACAAGUUUCCUCACACUGAGGACAAGGUUCCUCACUCUGAGGACAAGGAUGCUCACUCUGAAGACAGGUUCCUCACAUCGAGGACAAUGUUUUUAAUCUGAGGACAAGGAUCCUCACUCUGAGGACAAGAUUCCUCACAGUGAGGACAAGGUUCCUCACACUGAAGGCAAGUUCCUCACUCUGAACACAAGUUUCCUCACUCUGCGGACAAGGUUCCUCACUAAAGGGGACAAGGUACCUCACUCUGAGGACAAGGUUCUUCACACUGAGGAGAAGUUUCCUCACACUGAGGACAAGGUUCCUCACUCUGAGGACAAGGAUGCUCACUCUGAAGACAUGUUUUUCACAUCGAGGACAAUGUUUUUAAUCUGAGGACAAGGAUCCUUACUCUGAGGACAAGAUUCCUCACACUGAGGACAAGGUUCGUCAUUCUGAGGACAAGGUUCCUUACUCUGAGGACAAGUUUCCUCACUCAGAAGGCAGGUUCUUCACUCUGAGGACAAGGUUGCUCACUCGAGUACAAGGUUGCUCACUCAGAGAACAAGGUUGCUCACUCUGAGGACAAGGUUUUUCACUCUGAAGGCAGGUUCCUCACACUGACGAGAAGGUUUCUUACUCCGAGAAAAGGUUCCUCACUCUGAGGACAAGGUUCCUCACUCUGAGGACAAGAUUCCUCACUCUGAGGACAAGGUUCCUUACUCUGAAGACAAGGGUCCUCACCCUGAGGACAAGGUUCCUCACUCUGAAGACAAGGUUCCUCACGCUGAGGACAAGUUCCUCACACUGAGGACAAGGUUCCUCACACUGAGGACAAGGUUCCUCACACUGAAGAAAACGUUCCUCACACUGAGGACAAGGCUCUUCCCUCUGAGGACAAGGCUCCUCACUCUGAGAACAAGGUUCCUCACUCUGAGAACAAGGGUUCUUCACACUGAGCACAAGGUUCCGCAUUCUGAGAAGAAGGUUAAUGACCCUGAGAACAAGGUUCCUCACACUGAGGACAAGGUUCCUCACACUGAGGACAAGGUUGCUCAGUCUGAGGACAAGGUUGCUCUCUCUGAGGACAAGGUUUCUCACCUUGAGGACAAGGUUUUUCUGUCUGGAGACAAGUUUCCUCAAUCUGAGGACAAGGUUCCUCACUCUGAAGGCAGGUUCCUCUCUCUGUGGACAAGGUUCUUCACUAUGAGGACAAAGUUCGUCACUCUGAGAACAAGGUUCCACAUUCUGAGGCAAGAUUCCUCACUCUGA